GAAAGUGGACGAUUCAUAUAUGCUACUUGUAUUGACGAAUUACACGAUUGGAAACCUUCACAGGCUGAACUCGACAUAUUGACACGUAAAGUAUUUCGCGAUUAUAUCUACAAAGCGCUACCAUUUGAACCGAUUCGUGUGCCGAGGAUGUUCGCCGCGGAAUUAUUCGCUGAAAAUCAAAGGAAGGCAGAUUGUAUAUUGAAUCAUGAAGAUGAUGAUGUGAUACUUUGUAAAGUCGGCGAGCAUGUUGAUGUAGUUGAAGGACCAGUGAUUUCUAAUACGAGGCAAAUUGGCCGUUUUGCAGUCACUGGUGUGGAUUACGUGGAUGCACAAUAUCAUUUUCGUGGUGUUUCAUUACCGUCACCUGUUAAGUGUUCAUCGUAUUCAUGGGAUUUGAUUGUGAAUGCAGCAACUGUCUCCUCGGCACCUCGGUUAUUGCAGUCAGGCACUCAACCUUCUCAAAAUGAACUUCAAGCCUCAUGA